CUGCUCAAUCAUGGUACUCCUGAAACUACGUGCUUGGCUUUAUAAUGCCAUUUGGUCUUCUGCGAGCCAGGAUUCGCGAGAGUCAAAGCCUCGGAUUUUCGAUGUCCUCGACUUGACGGACAGUGCUAUAUUACUGGUUCUCAGUCAGAUAAGAUAGUGCUAGCAAACACCUUCCAACAUUCCCAGAAUACUCAGCCACCUGCGUUUCUUCAUGAUCCUUAUAUCGGUCUUCCGGUAAUUGGGACUGGCAUGACUGGAAUUAUCUUUCAACUAGGAGAAGAUCGUGUUGUUAAAAAAGCUAAACAGUACCAGUCUCAGCCCCUUCAAAACCACGAUGAUACCGAGUAUAUCAACGGAAUAAACCAGCAAGUUCUGGAGAAAGAGAUUCGGGCCUUUGAACGUCUGGGCAGCUAUAAAGGGAUUAUUCCCUGUUUUCAAACAUCACAAUAUGGGAUUGAGCUAGCCCUUGCACAAGGAGAUCUCGAGUCCUAUUUAGAGAAUUAUCCAGAGCGUGAAGACUCUUUCAAAAUUACCUGGAUAUUGAGUCUUAUCGAGACAUUCUCUUAUAUUCAUUCUCGCAAGGUAUUUGUGGAUGACAUCGCUCUCCGGAACAUCUUGAUUAUGGAUGAACAGCUCAAACUUGCGGAUUUCGGCCAGUCUAUUCUAUUACCCCUUGAUAUUGAUAUCACUUCUGCAACCGAAAAUGAUCUGAAUGCAAAGAUUGAGAUACUCCAUCUUGGCUGGAUACUUUACUCUAUUUCAUCUUGGCAUGUUCAUAAAUACUACUUCUUUGGCCCUGAGAACCCAGAUCUCCGUUGGCCAGAAGCAGACUCACUCCCAAAUGUUGAUAAUGUUUUAUGGGGGGGGAUUAUUAGGAAAUGCUGGGGUGGCGGAUAUGCAAGUAUGGACCAGUUGAAAAGAGAGGCUUACCAAUAUCUCAGUAGUUAGGAAUAGCUAGAGUACAUAGUCUCAACGUUUAACUUUUACUUCC